UUUGUUUUUGUUCACAGUUGAGACCAGGUUCUCUCAGUCAAGGAGGACAUUCGACUAGGCGGAGGAGACUCGAGUUGGUAGAGUAGACGCCUUCAAACAUGGUUCCAGUCAAGAUCGUUGCCCUGUUCCUCUGCCUCGUCGUUAUUGCAGAGUGUCAAUGGCGCACUAAUAAUGGCAACUUUCCACAAAGUCCCUUUGUGAAAGGGGGCAGGCGCCGCGACCAUCCGCAGAAUGAUAACCCCAACAACGGCCACAGAAAUUGGAACCAAUGGCCUGGCGCUGGAGGCGACAACGUCGACGGGCACAGUGACAACCACGACCACGACGACACUGGACAUAAACACAUUUUGGGAAUCAAGAUGCCCCGUGGUAAUGGUAGAGGGGUAGGAGCUUCAUGUGGUGGUCAGCGUUACGCCGCAAGGACCCAUAUCUGCUGCGGGGGCACAGUAAAGCGCCGCCAGGGCAUGCGCCCUGCCUGCUGUGGGCGACAGGUGUUUGACUUUGUGUUUGACCUGUGCUGUGACGGCAGAAUUACCAAGAGGACAGUCGCCAGGCCAUUCUGCUAGACAAACUCGCUUUCAAUUCUAUCUGGCUUCUUGAUUUCCAGCAAAUAUGCAUCAAACAUAGAUGCCUUUAAAAGAAAUCCAUUUAACAAAUUAUCAGAUGGGCCUAGAAUACCCUCUUUAGUGAAGCUUACGAAAAGCUAAAAUGCUGUUGUACUGAGAAGCAGUAUUGUAUGUCUAUGUCUUUAAAUAUGUGACUUUUUUUUAGCUAAUCAGUACCAUGUAUUAAUGUGUUUAAAACAAGCAUCCAGUUUUGUCUGUCUCAAGCUCUCGCCAGCCUAUGCGUGUUCGUUGUGUAUCAUAUCGUUGCUGCUGGUAAUAUAAAGGACACUUUGUAUUGAUAUACCCGGUUUAUUCCACUCGAGAACUAUAUGCUACACAAUAACGCAUGCUAUACAGUUAUACAUUUAACCAGAUAGUAUAUAGUUUGUACAACAUAUAACUGACUGUUUACACCACCCUGUUAAGGCUUAACGCUUUCAACUGAAUAAAAAACACGUAAACACUCA